CAAAUUUUCUACGGUUGGUGCAGCUGGGUAACUAUCUGCAGUGGCUAAUAUGAGUUAUCAGCUGUGUUUAUUAAGCGGCGAGUUCCUCUCAGUUGGACAUGUGCAUUGACGCAGCUACCGCCAAUGGAUCUACCAUGCUUACCGUUUCAUAUGAGACAUCAAGCUGGCAUACAUUACAUGGCCCUUUCUAGAAUUUUAUCUGGACAAUCUUCUGUCCAAUGUCGAUACCAGGACUCUACACAUGCAAACCUCAUCAAAUCCAAUGGAAACCUCAAAUUCUACAAUUCAGCUCACGCUGCCAUCCAGAUACUCCUCCGCCAAGCCUGAGCCUGCUACACAAACCACACCCCCUAUCGAGUGGUUCAUCAGAACAUGGACCGUGACGCACUCAACCCUCUCCAUGUGGCGCACAGCGCGUAACGUGCGCAUCACCUACAAGGCCCUCCCUCCUAAACCAGACGGCCGCGUGCGCAUCGACGAUCUCGUAGAGUACGAGCCCAGCAAUCAAGCCGACGUGGUCAAGUCCGUGGCCGGCAUAGACACGCAGAGCCCCGACGGCGGCUGGGACUGGCGCGGCAAGAGGUGGCUCUUCUUCGUGAGCAGCCAUUGGGAGGUUCUGGGGUCCGGCGAGGAGACGACGGCGGAUGGCGAGACAGAGAGAUGGGUGGUGACGUGGUUUGCGCCGACGCUGUUUACGAAGGAAGGAUUGGAUAUUUACAGUGAUCGGAGGGAAGGGCUUAGUGAGGCGACGUAUAAGAAGAUUGAUGAGGCACUGAGGACGUUGGAUGCGAAGGUGUUGGUUGAUAUGGUUGCGCAGGAUAUGAAGCCUGUUGAGAUAAAGUUUCCAUGGAAGGAGAUUUCCUAAUGUAUCUGGGAUAAUGUAUGUGAUGUGAUUUAUAGAAUUCAAUAGCUGGAGAAUUUGUAUAAUGGUAUAAUCGUCAUAAUUCAUUAAAUAACAUUUGAUAUAAU